AUUUGGACUUUGGAGUGAGAACUGAGCUGAGCGCACCCGGCAAGGCUACGCAACCACUAUUUACUCCCGGCCUCUGCUUCCGCUGCACACCACCGCGCCGCGCCAAGCCACGCACUCCAAAGACCCGCGCGAAUAAAAGCCGCGGCGCACCCCAUCCCGGGUCUCGCGGUGAAACCCAUCGUCCUCCCAGCCUCGCUCGCCAUCAUGUCCUCCUCCACCUCUUCUCUCCAGCCGCCUCCCGCCGCCGCGAUCGGCGGCACCUCCCCCUACUCCGCGUCCUCGUCGUUCCUCCCGUCCUUCAUGAUCAUCGCAGCACUGCUCGCCUUCGUCUUCCUCGCCUCCGUCUCCAUCCACCUCCUGCUCCGCUUCCUCUCCGACCGCUCCUCCUCCUCGCCGUCGUCCGCCGGUCCUUCGCUCCCCCGGACCCACCGCGACGGCGAAGCUGCGGGCUCGACCGGGAGCGCGGCGGGUGAUUCCGCGCCGAGACCACCCGCGGCGGCCGCGGCCGAGGGCGGGGGGAAGAAGGAGGAGGCCCCGGCCGACGAGAAGCAGCGGCUGAUCGACUCGCUGCCGCUGUUCACGAUGGCGUCGGCGCUGGCGGCGCUGCCCAAGAGCUCGCCCGACUGCGCGGUCUGCCUGUCCCCGUUCACGCCCGACGCGGAGCUGCGGCUGCUCCCGGCGUGCCGCCACGCGUUCCACGCCGCCUGCGUGGACGCUUGGCUCCGCACCACGCCGUCCUGCCCGCUCUGCCGCGCCGCCGUCGCGCCACUUCACCCCUCGCUCACCGCCGCCAUGCUCGCCGCCGCGCAGCAGCAGCAGCAGCCGGCGCAGAGGGGCCGGCCCGGGUCGAGCUUCCUCGUGGAGAUCGGCACCGUCAGCAACCGCGGCUCGUCCCCUGCGGCCGCCCGCGGCGGCGGCGACAGGAACAGCCGCACCUACUCGCUCGGCUCCUUCAACUACCAGAUCGACGAGGAGGUGGAGGCCGUGGUGUCCCGCGUCGCGCGCAUCAUCGCCGCGAGGGAAUCGAGCACCGUCAAGGAGGACAAACCCCCGGCCGAGGAGGGGUCGGCGCCGGCGCCGGCGCCGUCGCCUCCCGGCGAAGCGGUGGCCGAGGCGGCGGGCUCCUCGCGCGGGUGGCUGCGGGAGUACGUGGACCGGCUUGCCUCGUCGGCCUACACGUUCUCCGAGCGGUGGAGCUCGCGGUGGAGCCAGGGAGGUCAGCAGCGGCAGGAGGAGCCUUGGCUGUGGGACGCGGAGGCCGCCGCGGGGAUGUCGGCGCCGCCGGGGUCGGACGACGAGGAGGAGACGGCGUUCAUGGUCAUGUACCGCUGGAUCGCCGGGGUGUAAACGUAGCCGCAUAAAGUUAAUCACGAGGGCUUCUGUGUCAAUGUUGCUAGUUCAGGACUUCAGGUGAUCCGAAAGCUUUGGAAGCUUGUGUUGACUGUGGUGCAUGGUGGCAGGCGUCAGCCACAGCGGUGUAUCGGCAUUUGGGCCUUGUUUAGUUGGCCAAUUUGGGAGAUGCAAAAUUCCUGUUCCA